AUGGCUUUAACAUCUCAUGAAUGGAGUAACUAUUCAAUUGGCUUGGCAAAUAAUACGUUAACUCAAACUUUGUACGUCUUAAUUUAUAACCUAUCGGAUAUACUUGUACCGGCUGUAAUAAUCAAUCAAGAAAAAUAUUUAACCGCACAAAUGUCAUAUUCAUAUGGUUUCAUAAACAUCGUGUGGUGUGUUCCACAACGACAAGAAAUAUUGACGUGGGCGAAGAUAAUAUUGCCGUUUCUAUCUUGGUUAUCUGGUUUUAUUGCACUUUCGUUUGUUUUUAUCAUAAUUGUAAUCAAAGCGAGCCUUCACUUUCACAAAGUUACUAAAAAAAGGAACGAUACAGUUAUUAAAACGAUCGCAUUAUUCUUAGGACAAGAGGUGAAGUUUGAAACUGAAUUUUGGUUGAGUAACCUCGUACAUGUAACCUGGAUAUGGUAUUGUUUUAUUGUACGUAAUGUAUAUCAAGGUGUUCUGAUUGAUGGUUUACACAAAUCUAUCUUGGAACCUCCUAUAAGAUCUGUAAAUGAUGCUCUACAACACCUUGAUGAAAUUGUUGGCGUUGCAGCAGUAGUGCAUUUAUACAAAAAUACGUCAAUUGCAAAACGCUACAAACCAUUAAAUGUGAAUGAUAUACCAGUCUACCUCCAGCGAAUUGCUAACGGCGAAAGAAUUCUUCAAGCUGUAAAUGAAGACCUCAUUUUGUUUAAAAGAUAUAAAGUUCAAAUAUUGGAUGAAAGUGUAAGUCAUUUUCCAGUUUGUAUUUUCAUGAGGGCGAGGUGGCCAGGGGCUGAGGAAAUAACUCGCAUCAUCGCUAGAACUGUUGAAUAUGGACUCAAACAGCGAAUAUCCGAAUUACACUUAGACAGGUGGUUACGAAACGGUGCUAGACAAAGUAAUAACCCUACUAUAGAUUCAUUAAACAUGUUAACAUUAAUUUCAUGUUUCUAUGGAUUAAUCGGUAUGUACAUAGUAAGUUUUGUUACAUUUUGCAUCGAAAUUUUAUGGCAUAAACUGACCAGAAAAUGAAGUACUGUUGUUAAAUUUUAAAUGAUUACAAAACUAACGAGUAUAAAAAAGUAUAAAGUAAUUGUGAUAAAUACGUAGUUGUAAAUGUUUUUAUUCUUGAGUACCUAUUAGCUAAUAUGCACUGAACAAACGCGUUUUUGUUUAAUUAGAUCCAUUUUCGAUGUAUAUUUUUUAUUAAGUUAUUAUAUUCGCUUUACAACUAAAUAUAUUCACAAUAGUUUUAGUAAUUGGGCCGAACUGAGAGGAUCUUUAGCCAUGGAUAUUAUCGCUAUCUCCCGUUAUGGGGAUCUCGUAUCCUGACUCCUGAGUAAGGUAGAUAAAAUUUGGUUUCUUA